AUGGCUCCUUUCUCAGGAGAUGGAGUGCUAUGGCUUUGUCUUGGUGUAUCUCUCUUCUUCGCUGUUCGUGGCAUCGUCUCGGAUCUUCGCCAAGUCGUUGAUCUGACUGAGAUCAAGCAUGUCGAGAAGGACGACAAGAUCAUUAGCGAAGGAACUGAGGAAGCCCUGAGGCUAGACACUCUUCUCAAGCUCUCUAAGAGCACGAGUUAUGACCUCCGAUCUUCGGCUUUGCGCAUAAUCUCAGCGAGAUCGACCUCAGGGGACACACGGAACCUAUUGUUGGAGGAUGUGGCAUCUCAAAGCAAGAUACGACAGACUCGAGCGCUCACGGCUCUCCACUUUCUUGUCACGAACCGAGCCCUCUCUCGAACUUCAGUUUGCGCACAACUACGAGACCUUCAAACUUACACCGCUCUGGUAGACUGUCUUUGCAAUUUAUUGAAGGAACACACCCAAGAAACAUCGACGACCAACUCCCCCAUAUUGCCCAAGACUCGGCCCAUCGGAGAACUGAAAGCUCUUCAGAUACUGAACAUCCUCCUGCCGGCAAAUAUUCCUAGCGCACUCGAAGCGGGGGUUGUCAGCCGAUGGCUGAGCAAGUAUCCAUUUCCCUGCGCCCUGGACGACACUCCAUCACGACGGGAAGAUGUGGUGCUUCUUAUGAAGACCUGGUGGGCGGAUGAUGCCGUGAUGAGUUCCAUCUUUGGGACUUUGGCCACACAUGCAGAUGGCAUCAAACAACUUCGAAAGCAUGGUCUCAUGGGCAGCAUGAUCGAGGAGGCGGACCACGAUGAUGAUGAUGAUGACGACGACGAUGCGGAUGGUGACGUUUGGAUGGUAGACGGGGAUGACACGGCUGGCUCAAUUCAGCAGGGUCCCUCGAGAAGGGUUCUAGAAGUCAAUUACCAGGAACAAGCACUGCGGCGUGUGCGGAGAGAAGCCAUGGUUCUUAGCGAAAGCGGCCGACCUUGGGGACAUGAGGACAUUAUCCAGCGCCCGAUUCAGGACGAUUCGGCUUGA